AUGGAGCCUCGCAAUCUAAUCAUUGGGGUCGAUGUAGGUGGCACCAACACAGAUGCUGUACUCCUUGACCCCGCAAAGUCUGGACCAGAAGCAGUAAUCGCAUCUUACAAAGCCACUACUGGGACGGAUGUCACAACUGGCAUUGAAGAGGCAAUUCAAAGAUUGCUCCAAGAUGCAAAUGUUCGUCCCGAGCGUGUUUCUGGCUUGAUGAUUGGGACAACUCAUUUCAUCAACGCUGUGAUUGAACGGGACUCCUCAAGGCUCGACCCCGUGGCCGUUGUCCGUCUGGCUGGUGGGAACUACUUGACGCAUACCCCACCCUUUGUGGAUUUUCCACCAGCUUUGAAGAAGAUUAUUGACGGCCACUGGGCUAAGAUAUCUGGUGGUAUUGAGAUUGACGGCACAGAAAUCGGCCCAGUCAAAGACGAAGAGGUCCUGGAACAAGCAAAGAUCAUCAAGGAGAAAGGCCUCCGCAAAGUCGCUGUGGUGGGCAUUUAUUCUCCAUUCGAUGAUGAUUACCGCCAGGAAGAUCAUGUUCGUGAUCUUCUGAAGAAAAAUCUCCCUGAGAAUGUUGAUAUAGUGUGUUCCAAGGAUGUUGCGGGUAUUGGAUAUUUGGCACGAGAGAAUGCAACAAUCCUGAACGCCUCAAUCCUUCGCUUUGCCAGGCGCACGAUCAAUGGCUUCCGCCAGGCCAUGAAACGCCUCAAUCUCAGAUGUCCACUCUUUCUCACCUCCAACUCUGGUCACCUUUUGUCCUCCAGAGAAGCCAUGUCAUAUCCUAUUCAAAUAUUUUCUUCGGGUGCGACAAACUCUAUCAGAGGGGCAUCGUUUCUUUCUGCACAAGGACCGAUGACUCAGAGUAGGUACGUCGUCGAUAUCGGAGGAACCACCACAGACAUUGGUUGCCUUCUUCCGAGCGGAUUCCCUCGCCUUGCUAGUACGUCCACUGAAAUUGGUGGGGUGAAGGUGAACUUUGCUAUGCCACAGGUUGAGAGCAUUGGGCUUGGUGGAGGCUCUCUUGUGCACGAACUACCCGGUGGGAGAUUGUCCAUCGGGCCAGACAGUGUGGGACAGAGUUUGAAGGAGGAAGCAAAGUGCUUUAAUGGUGAUUCUUUAACCACAACCGACAUCAUGGUUUCGGCAGGAAAAAUGCAAUUGGGGACUGUAGUCCCCGAGAUACCCUUGGCGUUGAUAUCUAAAGCCAGGGAAAAGAUGAAGAAGAUGAUCGAAGACCAUGUUGACAGAAUGAAGACGUCGCCAGAGCCAUGCCAACUACUUCUUGUGGGAGGUGGUGCAUUUCUGUGUCCAGCUGAGCUGCAAGGAGUGGCCUCAAUCGAGAUCCCAACUCAUGCCAAUGUUGCCAACGCUGUUGGAGCUGCGGUCGCCGAGAUUGGGCAGGAGAUAGAGGUCAUAGUUGAUGCUAGCAAGAAAGAUGCCAUGUUGUUGGAGGUAAGAGCCAAAGCAGUCGCUCAGGCUAUUUCAAGAGGAGCAAAACAAGACCAGGUCCGAACCAUCGAAGAAGAUGUAUCAGGCAUUGCAGCCAUAGAAGGAAAGUUCAAGAUCACCGUCAAAGUUGUAGGUCCCGUGCACUAUGAGCGGCUCCUGAAGAAUGUCGAGUUUGAUGAUGAUCUCCUGUUGGCCAAAGACGAGACUUACCACGAAACGAAGCGGUUGAAGAUUGGUGAUCACAGUGAGGCUUCUUUCGACGCAAAAUUGGUGGACCACACCACCUACACACCAUAUGUUGACUGUGAUCGAAUAUGGCAUUUGUCAGAAACAGACGCUUACUAUAUCUCACUCGGUUGUUACAUUCUCGGCUGUGCAGGGGGUGGUACACCAUAUGGUUCGUAUCUUCAAGUCCGGCAGCUCCUUCGUGACGGUUGCAGCAUCAAGAUAGUAGAUAUCGAAGAUUUGCCAGAGAAUGCCGUGGUUGGUCCAGUGGCAGCAAUGGGCAGUCCAGUUAUUGCCAUCGAACGACUCGGUGGCAGCCUCAUUUUUGAUGCAAUGCAAGGCAUGGAGGAACAUCUCAACAUCAAUUUCACCGCAACUCUGACGGCAGAAAUUGGUGGUGCGAAUGGAAUGGCACCUCUGGUCUUAUCGUCUUCACGAUACAAAGACAUCCCUUGUGUCGAUGCAGAUCUUAUGGGCCGAGCUUUUCCAGCAUUCGAGAUGAGUUCGCUAUUCAUCGGGGCGAACAAUAUCAACGAUCUGCUUCCAGCAUGUUUAUCAAGCGGAGAUGGGACUACACUGACUUUGACUUCGGCAAAGAACUCAACAUCCGUUGACAAAGUUCUCCGUGCAGCCUGUAUUACCAUGGGUCUCGCUGCAGGCAUCUCCGCCCGACCAACCACGAAAUCAGAGCUUCAGCGAUUUGCCGUACCCAAAUCUAUGUCUCUCUCCUGGCGCCUGGGCCGUGCGGUGGUCCUCGCACGAUCUCGGGGCACUUUAGCGACUGUCCAUGAGGAUAUCAUUCAGGAGUUUGGCGGACCGCAAGCCGCAAGCAAAGUCUUCGAGGGGAAGAUCGUGGGGAUUGAACAGUCAAUAUAUAAAGGCCACAGCCACGGAACUUUGAUUAUCGAAAAGCUCACGGACUAUGAAAAAGAGACCAUAAAUGGUAGCGACAUCGAUGGCCCAGAAAAAGUCCGAAUACCGUUCAUCAACGAGAAUCUGUUUAUUGAGGCUACUUACACCUCUGGUGAGAAGAAGAUUCUGGCAACAGUACCGGACUUGAUCAUGUUGCUGGACAAGUUGACCGGCGAAGCGGUUGGUGUCCCCGAAUAUCGAUACGGUCUCAAGGUCAUGGUGUUGGUUGCCGCUGCACAUCCCCUAUGGACUAGUAGCGAGCGAGGUCUUGACAUUGCUGGACCCAAAGCAUUCAAAUUCGACAUCAGCUUCAAGCCGUGCGGUACAUACCAACCAAUACGAAGUGUUAUCGACGAGUUUGCACCCUCGAAGCAGACAAAGGUAUAA